AUGGGCUUCGUUGUUGUCCCCGCCACUCUUCCCGAUAUCCGGGCCAUCUACGAUGUCUGGUUUGCGGCUUUCAAAGGCCAAUUGAUCCUAGACCUCAUCUAUCCAGGAACUGAUCUCAACGAUGAGGCUUUCCGCAAGGUCCACACAGAAGGGACUCUGGAAUAUUGGAAAGGAUUGAGCAUGGAGCACACUUUUCAAUGCAUUGACACCGACACCGGUAAAAUCGCCGGCAUGGCAACCUGGCAAGUCUACUGGCGGGAAAGGACCGCUGAAGAGCGUCAGAAGCCCUGGAUUGGAUGGUUGGAGGGUGACCAACGAGAGCGUGCCGAAGGGUUUUUGGGACAGCUUUGGGAGAAGAGGGAGAAGUGGAUUGGCCCCAAGAGGCAUGUGUACUGCCACACCGUUGCAGUGCAUCCCGAAUACCAAGGUAAAGGUGUCGGGGCACGGCUUAUGCAAUGGGGAAUGAGCGUUGCGGAGCAGCUGAAUGUACCGAUUUACCUUGAGUCGACGGUGGAGGGAGUCCCGUUGUAUCAAAAACUUGGCUUCCAAACUCUCUCGGAGGACAUCCUAUUCAAGCCUGAAAUUACCAGGGUCGACAAGGAGGUUCGAGCACCACUCAUGGUGAAAAUGCCCAUAGCUGCGGGAAACAUGACAUUUGAGGAAUGGGUGGAGGACAAGAGUCCCUCUGUGAAAGCUACAUAG